GAUCCUGCAUUUGGCCCUUUAAAGGAAUAAGGGAUGCAUUUAGGGACUGGAGAAUCGGGAUCCACGGCACGGUGACACAGUCCCCUGAACUCUCUCAGUCUCUCUACGUGCAUGAGAGACACGGACACCCGGGGUUAUACCGGACGAUACUACAGCAUGAAACGUUGAAAGAAGAGGAAUAAGUAGGCUAGGAAUACAGUCAGAGAGAGAGUGUUAAUUGCAGCGUGAUGUGAUUUACCAGGGCGAGUUUACUAGGCUACAAGAGAGGCAAGAGAGAGCGAGAGGGAGCGGACUGACUGCAGGACUACAAAGUCACAAGGUCCGGGUCAGUCGGUCGGCUACCAGUCUGCGAGUUCUGUCCGUCUGUCGGUCAGCGGUCAAGAUGGCGGACGUCUUGGAGAGUGGCGGGGCGGGAGCAGGCUCUGUAGGAGGAGCCGGCAGCGUGGAUUGGCAGAAGCAUUGCGUUGCCUUGGAGAUGCAGCUGCUCAGGUUCCGUCUGCAGGCGGGGAAGAUCCGAGAGCUGCUGGCUGAGAAGAUGCAAGAGCUGGAGCAGAGGGUUACAGAGUCUGACCAACGGGCUGAGAGCGCUGAGAAACGGGUCCAUGUCAUGGAAGAGAAGCUGAAAUCUGCAAACAUGCUACAACCCAGCGAAUCAGAGAACUCGUUGUACAGAAGGUACCAGGAGCUGACCAAUCAGGUGCAGGAGAAAGAUGCCGUGAUAAAGAGAUUAGAGGUGCAGCUGGAAAAACAGAUCUUAGUCAGAGCCCAGGAGGCUAAGAUCAUUGAGGAGAAGGCUGCUAAAAUCAAAGACUGGGUUACAUUCAAGCUACGAGAGAUGGAGAUUGAGAACCAGCAACUGAAGGUGUCCAACCUGAAGCAGGCAGAACAGAUCAUGAUGCUGCAGGACAAACUCCAAGCUAUCUUGGAGAACCCUUCAUCUCCUGGACCACCCACCUCUCCUUCCACAGACACCCACCAGGUACCCUGCAGCCCCUUAUAUCCCCCAAGAUGUCCAGGGACCCCGCCUGUCCAGGAGGAGACAAGCUGGGGAAGACAGACAGGCAUAGGGGACAGGUCAGAGCAGCCCUGUAAACGGAGCGGUGACCGAGGGGACAGAGACACAACAGGCCACUGCACAGUGACAGUAACCCUGUCAAACACUCCCUGUCUGGGCAGCAGGGGCAGGGAGACUAGGGCUGGACCUGGUAGUCCUGUUCCAACCACUCGAGGUCAAGACCAACCACUAGGUGGUGCUACUCCCAGAGACCACUCCUCGGACGAGCUCAGCAGCAAGUUCCGCUCCCAAAGUCUCCGCUCCUCCUCCUCUUCCUCCUCUUCCUCUUCCUCCACCUAUGAAACAACCCACGGGGGUCCCAGUAUCCCUGACACCCCUACCCCCACCUCCACCCCUAAAAGCCCUCUCCUCUGCCGUUCUCCGUCUAACUCCCACCCCUUCCAGACCACCGCCCAGACCCUGGCUCUACCCUCCCAUACUGGGACCAGCAUGACCUUACCCAAGUUGCGGACGCCCCUGACCCCCCGCGAUAGCGUCCAGCUGGUGAAGAAACACUACAGCCAGCCCCAGCCUGGAGGUCUGGACCGGCUGCACCACAUCAAUGUCCCCAUAAACAUGAUGGCCUCCAGCACCCAGAGCCCUGUGUCCCCUUCCAACUGCAAUCAUGUCCUGGAAGAGACAGACAUAGAUGACGGGCUGCCUGACGGUAUGGAGGGGGUGGUGGAGGGGGCCGGGGACAAAGGUCCUCCCAAGGAACAAGUGUUUGUUAGGUUGGCUGAGGAUCUGGAACUGCUGGAUCCAGAUGUCCUGAAACCCCCCACCCCUCCUCUCCACCGGUUCCCUUCCUGGGAGAGUCGUAUCUAUGCUGUGGCCAAGUCGGGGAUGAGAGUAUCAGAGGCGACUGCAGGAGCCAGAGGUCCUGGACGAGGAUCCAGCUUACCGCAGUACCCCUCCACAGGACCGUUCACUCACCUGAUUUACAAGAAUAUCAGUGUGCCCGUGUAUACCACACUCAAAGGGAAAGCCACUCAGAUCAGCAGUGUGCCCCUGCAUGAUGAUGACUCCGGUUCGGAGGACGACAGUGGCUCUCUGGCCAGCCUCAGGACCUCCACCCUUGGCCCAGACAGGAAGGGAAGCACCCCUGGGAGCCCCCGCGCCGUCAAGAGGGGUGUGUCCAUGUCGUCCAUCAGCUCUGAGAGUGACUACGCCAUCCCACCUGAUGCCUACUCCCUGGACUCUGACUACUCUGAGCCGGAGCACAAAGUCCAGAGAACAUCCUCAUACUCCUGUGAGAGCCUGCGAGAGCCCGAGAUGCUGGAGAAGUCAGGGUACCUGCUGAAGAUGGGCAGUCAGGUGAAGGCUUGGAAAAGACGCUGGUUCAUCCUGAGGAACGGAGAGAUACUCUACUACAAGUCUCCUAGCGACGUUAUACGGAAGCCUCAGGGUCAGAUGGAGCUGAACUCUUCCUGCAGGAUCGUCCGUGGAGAAGGAGCACAGACAUUCCAGUUGAUAACGGAGAAGAAGACGUUCUACCUGACGGCUGACUCUCCCAACAUCUUAGAGGAGUGGAUCAGAGUUCUACAGAACAUUCUCAAGGUCCAGGCCAGCAGCCCCGUCCCAAUGGAGACCACUGCAGCCAAACCUACCGUGAGGGGCUGGCUCACUAAGGUGAAGCAUGGUCACUCUAAGCUGAUGUGGUGUUCUCUGGUCAGCAAGGUGUUUUAUUACUACAGGAACCAGGAUGACAAGCUCCCCCUAGGCCAGCUGCGGAUGCGCGAGGCGGCGGUGGAGGAGGUGGACAGGUCAUGUGACUCGGACGAGGACUACGAGGCCAGUGGGCGUGGCUUCUUGUCAUCCCACUGUACCCUAGUGGUGCACCCCAGAGAGCAGAGCCCCACCUACCUGCUCAUAGGCACCAAGCAAGAGAAGGACACCUGGCUGUAUCAUUUGGCGGUGGCAGCGGGCAGCAGUGCCAGCUUCAAGGUGGGCACAGAGUACGAGCAGUUAGUCGGGAACCUGCUGGACGUAGAGGGUGACCCAGACUCUGCGUUGUGGAGGAGUGAGUCUCUAUGUUUCUGUAAAGACGGCCUGCGCUCCCCUCUCACCACUCUACCCUCUGAAGCUCUGCAGACUGAAGCCCUCAAACUCUUCAAGUCCUGUCAGCUAUUCAUCAACGUGCUGGUAGAGUCUCCCUCCAUCGACUACCACACAUCCCUUGCCCAGAAUGCAUUGCAGGUGUGCCUGACGCACUCCGAGCUCCAGAACGAGAUGUACUGUCAGCUGAUCAAGCAGACCAACCGACGCACGCCACACAACUACUCCCUCACUCAGUGCUGGCAGCUGUUGUCUGUGUGUGUGGCUCUCUUUCUGCCUCAGCAACACUUCCUGUGGUACCUCAGACAGUAUCUGCAGCGUCAUGCAGACCCCAAGAGUGAGGUGGGGAAGUAUGCAGUGUACUGCCAGAGGUCUGUGGAGCGUACCCUACAGAACGGGGAGCGAGAGGCCAAACCGUCACGUAUGGAGAUCCUGUCCAUCCUACUCAGGAAUCCCUACCACCACUCACUACCCUUCAGCAUUCCUGUCCACUUUAUGAACAACACCUACCAGGUUGUAGGCUUCGAUGGCUCCACUACGGUAGACGAGUUCCUGAGCACCCUGACCCAGAGGGUGGGCAUGAGGAAACCACACCUGUCUGGCUUCGCCCUCUUCACUGACGACCCCUCAGGGAAGGACCUGGAGCACUGCCUACAGCCCAGCGUCAAGAUCUGUGAUGUCAUCUCCAAGUGGGAACAGGCCCUGAAAGAGCUGCAUCCUGGGAAAUAUGAGGGGACACGCAUCGUCCGUUUGACAUACAAGAGCAGGUUGUGUUUCCGGGCUCAGGCUAAAGGGGAAAUGGACCGUGAGCGCCUCCUGCUGGCCUACCAGGUGAAUGACGAGGUCCACCAGGGACACUUCCCCGUCAACAAGGAGUUGGCUCUGGAAGUGGCUGCUCUCAUGGCUCAGGUAGAGCAUGGUGACCUGGACCGUCCGGCUCCCUUCUCCCCCAGCAGUAGCUCCUCUCCUCAGCCUAAAGCCCAACAGAUCUCCCCUAGCUGCAACUCUCCUCAGCCCAAAACCCAACAGAUCCUCGUACAGGCCCUGGAGCGCUUCUACCCCAAACGCUACAAACAGGACUGCAGCAUGGACCAAUUCAGAGACCUAUCAGAGUGCCUGGCCACUAAGUGGUCAGUCCUGCGUGGCUGCAGUGCCUCAGAGUGUGUAAGAAUCUACUUGACCGUCGCUAGGAAGUGGCCGUUGUUCGGUGCCAAGCUCUUCAGUGCUAAGCCUAUACCUCCCUCGUCUGUGGAGCAGUCCCAGGUUUGGCUAGCCGUCAAUGAGGAUGGACUGUGUGUGCUUGACUAUACCAUGCACCUUCUGGUCAUGUACUCCUACCAAUCAGUGAUCACCUUUGGCGGUUGCCGUGACGACCUGAUGGUGGUAGUGAGCCAGACCAAAGAGCAGGGUGGAGGGAAGAAGAGUGUGGAGAAACUGGUCUUCGCUAUGGCUAAACCCAAGAUCCUGGAGUUGACUCUGUUAAUGGCCAGCUAUAUUAACUACUGGACCCCCAUCCUCCCUGGGGCCCAGAACCAGUCCCCAGGACCCUGCUCCCCUCUGGGGCCCCGUGGAGCUGGGGCUGAGGCUGAGGUCAGGAAGAUGUGGGACAUGGAUAGCAGACACUUUCCCUCCAUGACCUACACAACCAAAGGACCCACUCUACUGUGAAUACAGAAACAACAAUCAACCCCCUGUUCCAGUGCAUCUCUGGGAAAACAUGGUCAUGUUCCUUAGCCAAUGAAUGGAAGAAAACUGACUGAAACAAGGAGGAUCUAUACCUGGACAUGUCAAAUAAGAAAUGCUCACUUUUGUUUUCCAUUUCAAAUGGUUUUGCGACAGUGUACCCUACUGAACAUGAUCCAGGACUGAGAAACUACAGGGUAUUGUGGGAGUUGUGGUACAGAAGAUAUUUAGCUCCACAUACAUUACGUUACACCUGAAAAUGGCCAUUGUUUUAUUUUGCCCUCAUUCCCUCUGGCCAGGAGUGAAUUCUGUUGCAUAUACACAUGACAUGUAUUUUUAACCAUGAUGAAUGGGAGAUGGUUGUUUGUGGAAGGGGACCAUAGAUAAAAGGGGUAACAGUUGGUCGGAAGAAGUGGGAGAGGAUAUCGUUUGUGGUUCAUAUGAAGAUGUCGCUCUUCGAAUGUCUGUGUUUUAGUCUUUAGAUUGUUGUGUUUAUUCCUGUAACAAGAGUGUUCACCUCUGCUUAAUUUACAAAAAAUAUGCUCACGUUUGCGGACUAUUUAAAAAACAAUUGAGCCUUGAAAAAUGAGAUUUACAGUGUGGGAUCAGUAUAAAGGACCAACACACACAACUUGUUGACCUUGGUAGUCUGGCCAUUAGCUAUACAAUGAGAAAUAAUAAGCUUCUCCCUCUUCAUUUAAACCUUAACUCUCCCACACCCCCACCCUUGUCUGUUCCAGAGAGUGUAUGCCAAAUGGCACCCUAUCCCCUUCAUAGUCCACUACAUGCAACGCAUCCACUGUCUUUUGUUUAAGGGGAAAAAGCUGUUUUAAAAAAAAGAGGAAAAUACUGUUGAUUUCUUCUGGCUCUUUGGUACCUAAUAUGGAUUUGACUAACGUUAUUUAACAUUAAACCAGUACAAAAUAAUUAUAAUAUUCAAGAAAUCAAAUUGUACUUGAUUUUUUUCAUUCAAAGAAUUGAACAAAAUGUCUGACUUUUAUAGAAAACACCAGGCCAGGGCCUGAGGAGGAACCAUCAAAGCUCUAUAACGUAUAAUACAAGUGAUGAUUGUACCAUUCUGACCAAGCAAUGUUUUUAGAACCAUUUUGACCACAUAAUGGUUAUCAAUAUUUUUUUUAAAAGAUUAUAGUGAAGAAUAGAAAUAGAGAUGGAAUACAAUGUGUGAUGUGUCUGUAAGAUGUAUGAACUCAUUGGGUGGCAUGUUCCUACUGAAGAAGCAGCAGCUGUUCUUCCUGGGGUCCACACAAAACGUAGAACGUGACAUAAUACAGAACACUAAUGGACAGGCACAGCAACACCAAAUUGAAACGAACAACGCUACGACAAUACAAUGGAAGGUCGUGAGAACACAGCCAGGCAGGACGGAUUACAUGGAGAGGUCCAACCACAUACGACUGGUACGAUUACAGAUAUUCAAAUGUUAUUAGUGACUUGAAUUGUUUUGGAUCAAACCACUUGUUUUUUGUAUUUAUUUCAUUUUUGGCAUUUUGUGGCUUUUUUUGUAUGCUGUAAAUUAUGUUUGGCAGAACGGUAAGGUUUUCAACUGAAACAUUCAAAACUGACAAUGACUUUGUUUGUCGAAAGUAGCUGAAUAGUUUAACUUGACAGUUUUACACUGUAUGAAUGCAGUAUGAUUUGCGAAUUAGGGAUGUUAAGUCAAUGAAACAGAUUUAUAUACGAUGUGCUUAGCUGUUAUUGAGAUCCUGUGUUUUAAAAUCAAAUAAACUGUACAAUCUA